AUGUUGGAUGUCGAUUCCCAGAAGCCCCCCAAGGGGAAAUGGUCGACACCGCCCUUCGACCCGCGCUUCCCCAACCAGAACCAGACCCGAAACUGCUACCAGAACUUCCUGGACUACCACCGCCGCGUCAAGAGAAUGAACCGCCGCGGCAAGAGCACGCAGCCCUGCGAGUAUUACUUCCGCGUGUUCCACUCGCUGUGCCCCAUGAGCUGGGUGCGGCGCUGGACCGAGCAGAUCCAGGACGGGACCUUCGCCGGCAAAAUCUGACGGCCUGAGAGCCGCUCCUCCGAACGAUCAGCGCACUGACCCCGCGUCCUGGCGUCUCCCGGAGCCCCGGCCCCGGCUGUACGCUCCCCAGUCU